AUGAGAGUUAAAUCUUUAUUUGAAAUCACUAGUGAUAAAGUCACAGAAUACAUUUAUAAUGGUUCAUACGACAGUAUCAAUUACAGUCUCGAUCAAAAAUCUAGUAAUCAAGUUUAUUCUACCCUAUUGGAAUUAGAAUAUAUAUAAUUAGAGACGAUCUGAUAGAUGUACCUCACAUAUUUGUCUUAAACUCAAUUUAAGUAAAGUAGAUCUAAAAAAUUUCAAAAUAAACGCGACUGAUGUAUUAUUACUGAAAAGGCACUGCCUCAAAUCGAUUACUUUUGGAGAUUUGAAGAAUAUUGGAUGUUUCUAUAGAGAUAUAAAAGAUAAACAAUACAUUAACUUGAUCUCUCUCAUGAAUGAUACCUUCAAUGAAGCUACCUGGCAAAAUUUGGAAAGUUUGGAUAUAACUGGAAGUGAACUAUUUUUAAAUGGCUGGAUAAGACAGAUAGGAUCUACGCUCCCUUCCCUGAAACGUCUAGUAAUCGCCGGAAGAACUUUGACGGAUCAAGACUUCUCUAAUCUAUGCAAUAAUUUUCCGAAUUUAUUGUCUCUCGACAUCAGCAGCACAAAUAUUACAAAUCUUUUUGGAAUCGGCAACUUGAAAACCCUACAAGUUCUUAGUUCGAGAAAUUUAGAAUUUGAAAGUUACAUGGAUUUGAUAGGAUUGUUUGAUUUGGUGAAUUUACGAAAUUUGGAUAUUUCCAGAGAACUAAAUUUCACGGAACCAAGGAUAGUCGAACAAUAUGUAGAGUGUGGUUUGGUUCUACCAGAGUUGAGACAUCUCGAUUGUACACGAACUGAUAUGAAUCAACAUUUUCUCAAAGUAUUAAUGAGAUCCCAUCACAAUCUUGAACAAAUUGCAGCUUUACGCAUGAUUCUCUCAUUCCUCCUUCAAAUAUAUCUAUCAUGUUUCAGGCUUAUUAUUUGAGUUUGAAUAAUUCCGCUGACAUCAAUUGCGCUCUCAAUAGUAUUCGUGAUCAUCUUGAAACUCAACAAGUAAAUGAAACAGAAGAUGCUGAUAUUUCUGAAUGUUUGAAGCAACUUCUACGAUUAGUGAAAACAUCUUAUGUGAAAGCGACAGAAUAUAUUAUUGUGAAGUGUUUGAUUGAACUUUCAAAUUUUUUUUCUUUGAAACUAAUCACGUCGUUGAUUGUUGGAAUGCAAUUGUAAAAGUAUUUAAUACACUUCUCAACUUCUCAACUUCUCAACAAUUUGAGUAUUCAAAACUAUGCUGGACCGCAAUGGAGUCACUUACAAAGCAACAUACUUUCCUUGGGUUCUACUCACAAGCUCUUUCGUUUCUGUCAAACUUGAUUUACGGAUUGGCAUCGACUGAAAUUGAAAAAAUGGCAAACAAUAGAAGAAACAUAACUCGUCUUUUGGAAAUUUUAAGGUGUGGAAAUGACUUAAAAAACAUGGAUUAUUGUAUAAGCGCAACCAAAGUUCUUUAUAAGAUGGUUUGGACUAGUGCAAAUGCUAGAUUAUCUAUGAUAGAAUUAGGAGGAUUCAAGAUCCUGUUCGACGCUAUUAAUUCAUUCAAUGAUGAAUUUGUUCAUCUUAAUAUUCUCGAUACUAUUAGAGCCGUUAUUUCCUAUGUGUCACUUAAGACGUGUCAAUUUUUAUGUACCGACGAUACAUUUUCUGUCUUCAUGCGAAUUCUUGAAGAGUAUAACGGAGCGAGAGCGUAUCAAGCGUACAUCAUCCUCGCAUUGCUCCUAUUUAGUUCUGAAAUAAUGGGUUCAAUUGAUCGUUGGUCAUCUACACAACGAACCAUGUUAGAGCACAUUCCAAAUGGUCCAAUAGACCAUAUCACGGAUUUGUUCGAUUUCUAUGUGUUUCAUAGAGUUAUUCAAAGAAUUUCCAUGUUUUCUAAAUGCGACGGAACACUUCUUUGGGUACUUUCCACUAUUAAAUUAGUCGUGGAAGAAAAUAAGACAUAUGUUAAGAAAAUUAAGGAGUCAGAGCUUUAUGUAGACAUUUGCAAUCGGAAUGUUUUGUCGGAAGCAGUUAUGGAUAUGAAUGAGAAAGUAUUAAACUUAUUAAAUUCCCAUUAA